GAUGUUCUAGAAAUGCUGCACUGUCGAGGGGCCAAUGUUAACGCUACAGCAAAUUCAGGGGAAACUGGUCUCCAUAUUGCCGUUAAAAAUUCUAGUAUAGACAGCGUAGAAUAUUUAUUAUGUAUUCCAUGGAUUGAUAUCAACUACCCAGAUAAACUUGGUCAAACUCCUCUUAUAAUCGCUGCAUUUAAAGGUCGUGUAAAAUGUGUGGAACUACUCCUCUCCUCCAAUUGUGACAUUACUGCUCAAGAUAGUCAAGGACAAUCUGCUCUACAUCGAGCACUGGAACCUUACGAUAAUACUUUAGGCAAAAACAAUGCAUAUUUAUGUGUUCAAUUAUUAACUAACGCCAAUUGUGAUAUAAACCUCUGUGAUAAUAUAGGCUACACUCCUUUACAUAUUGCU